AUCAACUACCUGCCCGCCAGUCCGUCCGGCACCCGAUCACCGUCGUCCGUCGCCAUUGAUACAUUCUCAACAAUUUAGUUAAUUAUACUUUCAAAAGGUGUGCUUAGUGAUCCAUUUGCCAUGGCGGUUGUUGUUCGGAGCGGCAGAGGUGGAUCUACGUCAUCUUCCGCCAUUCGAAACUUGUUUUCUUACCGGAUUCUCAUCUCCGCCAUGUUUACACUCCUUUUCUUCGCCACCGCCUCCGUACUUUUCUCUUCUCAUCCCCCCGCACAUUCCUCCUUCUCCUCUCACACCUCUAAAGUGCAAACCACUGGGAGAGCAUAUAUGCAUAGGACUUUUCUGGCAUUGAAGUCGGACCAGUUAAAGACUAGGUUAGAUUUGAUACAUAAGCAGGCGAGCGAUCAUAUUCUGCUUGUGAAUGCGUAUGGUGCAUAUGCUAGGAAGCUUAAGCUCGAGAUUUCUAAGCAGCUUAGGAUGUUUGAGGAAAUGGCACACAACUUUUCUGACUUGAGUAUGAAACCGACAUAUCAUGAUUCGUUGUUUGAGACUGAUGGACCGUUGGAUGAGGAAGUGUUGAGGCAGUUUGAGAAAGAGGUUAAGGAUAGAGUUAAGGUUGCUAGGUUGAUGAUUGCUGAGACGAAAGAAUCCUAUGAUAAUCAGCUGAAAAUUCAGAAGUUAAAAGACACGAUUUUUGCAGUUCAAGACUUGUUGAUUAAAGCUAAGAAGAAUGGUGCAUUUGCUAGCUUAAUUGCUGCAAAGUCGACCCCGAAGAGUUUGCAUUGUCUUGCUAUGCGCCUCAUGGGAGAACGGAUUGAAAAUCCUAAAAAUUAUACUGAAGAGGAGCCAAAACCAGAGUUUGAGGACUCCUCAUUUUACCAUUAUGCGAUAUUUUCGGAUAAUGUGAUUGCAGUUGCUGUUGUGGUUAACUCAACUGCAAUGAAUGCUGAAGAGCCCUGGAAACAUGUAUUCCACAUUGUCACGGAUAAGAUGAAUCUGGCUGCUAUGAAGGUUUGGUUUAAAAUGAACCCCUUAAAAGGGGGUGCUUUUGUGGAGGUCAAAGCAGUUGAUGAAUUUACUUUUUUGAACCCCACAUAUGUCCCGGUUCUCAGGCAGUUGGAGUCUGCAUCUUUGCAGAAAUUCUACUUUGAGAACGAAGCAGAAAAUGAAACAAAAGAUGCAAAUGACAUAAACUUUAGGAACCCAAAGUAUAUGUCAAUGUUGAAUCACCUAAGGUUUUAUUUGCCAGAGAUAUUCCCAAAGCUGCACCGAAUAUUGUUUUUAGAUGAUGACGUAGUAGUUCAAAAAGAUUUGACUGCACUGUGGAAUAUAGACAUGGAUGGAAAGGUGAAUGGGGCGGUUAAGACCUGUUUUGGACCGUUUCAUCGUUAUGCUCAAUAUCUGAAUUUUUCUCAUCCGCUGAUUAGAGAUAAGUUCAAUCCAAAGGCCUGUGCCUGGGCUUUUGGCAUGAAUAUAUUCGAUCUUGAUGCUUGGAGGCGUGAAAGAUUAACCGAUCAGUACCAUUAUUGGCAGGAUCUAAACGAAGACCGGACUUUAUGGCAAUUGGGCACUCUCCCACCUGGACUAAUCACCUUCUACUCAAGAACAAAAUCAUUGGACAAGAAAUGGCAUGUUCUUGGUCUUGGGUACAACCCGAGUAUAAGCAUGGAUGAUAUCAGUAACGGGGCAGUCAUUCAUUUCAACGGGAACAUGAAACCUUGGCUCGACAUUGCCAUGAACCAGUAUAAGCAUCUAUGGACCAAAUAUGUGAAUAGAUAUAAUGAGUAUGUGCAGAUGUGCAACUUUGGUUUAUAGACAACGAUUAAACAAAGGUAUGAACCAAAGCCUCUGUUCAUUUUUGGGC